AUGUCAGUAGAAGAAAAGUCAGCAACAGUAAAGCCUAGAAAGCGAUUUGUAGGCAAAGCUAAAAGAAAUCAAGCAACAAACGAUGCAGAGGCCAUUGAAGAAGGAGCUGUUGGAUUUGCAACACGAUCGAAUCGUGUUGCUAAUCAAGUUCCCGAUGAAAUCUUGCAAGAUCCUUUACUAAACAAAGCUAUUGAACAGAUUCCAUCAAACUAUAAUUUUGAAAUUCAUAAAACGGUAUGGAGAGUACGAAAGGCUAAUGCUAAGCGAGUGGCACUUCAGCUUCCAGAAGGAUUGAUGAUGUUUGCAUGUUUAAUUUCAGACAUUUUGGAAACAUUUUGUAACGCAGAGACAUUGAUUAUGGGCGAUGUCACCUAUGGAGCAUGUUGUAUUGAUGAUUAUACGGCUCGUGCACUCGGCUGCGACUUUCUAGUUCAUUAUGGCCACAGUUGCCUAGUUCCUGUAGAUAUUACAACCAUAGAGACACUUUACGUAUUUGUAGAUAUUGGCAUUGAUACACAGCAUUUUAUUGAUACCGUAAAGCGAAAUUUCGAAAAAGGAAAAAGACUAUGCUUGGUAGGCACGAUUCAAUUUGCAGCUGCGCUGCAGGCAUCCAAAACAUCUCUAGAACAAGAUUUCACAGUAACCAUUCCUCAAUCCAAACCACUUUCGCCGGGCGAAAUCUUGGGCUGUACAUCUCCUAAACUGACCGACACGGAUGCGAUUGUGUGUAUUGGCGAUGGAAGAUUUCAUCUAGAAUCUAUCUUGAUUCAUAAUCCCGAUUUACCCGCCUUCCAAUAUAAUCCUUACGCAAAGACCUUUACUCGUGAAAGAUAUGAUCAUCAAGAGAUGCACUCACUUCGUAAACACGCGAUCACAACGGCUAAAACGGCUAAAAAGUAUGGUCUGAUUCUGGGAACACUAGGUCGUCAGGGCAAGCCACAAAUCUUGGAAUACCUUGAACAGCUGAUUAAAGACCAAGGCAAGGACUCAGUGAAUGUUCUUUUAUCAGAGAUCUUUCCUGGAAAACUUGAACAAUUUGAUGAUGUAGAUGCUUGGAUUCAAAUUGCUUGUCCUCGACUCUCGAUCGAUUGGGGAUACGCGUUCCCUAAACCAUUGCUUACACCUUAUGAAGCAUCUGUUGCGCUAGGUAAAGCAGACUGGCAAGAUGUCUACCCAAUGGAUUUCUAUGCUAAUGAUAGUUUGGGACCAUGGACACCGAAUCAUGGACGAGGAGUACAAGGAAGAAGAAGGAGGCAACCUGUUGUCACUGCUGAGUGA